ACUAGUUGGCGGUAAAACAAUAUUUCACCAGCGAGAGAAACACCCACGAAGAAGUCAGAGUAGGUCAUCAGCAUCAACGUGAAUCGUUACGGUGUCGAAAAAGUAAUAAACAUGGAUAAAAAGAAGACCCCCUUCCAAGUGACUGCUUCAUCGUUAGUGGACCUUAAAGCUGAACUGUACAGGAAGCAGGAGAAAUUCAAACAGGAGAAACUUGAGCAAGAAAAUACCGGCGCUGGAUUCAAAUCAAAAUCCAAAGUGAAGAAACCUAAUGUCUGGAGCAAACAAAACGCUGGUGUUUCAGCAAGGGCUGAGAGAGAUGCAGAGCAACUGGCCGAGGAGAAGAACAAUCUUGACACAGCAAAACGCAAGUUGGAGGAGAAGGCCAAACUCUACGAUCAGAUGACAAAAGGAGACUUUCCAGAUGAAGAGACAGAGGGUCUAUUCCUGGUUGAUUUCACGCAGAAGAUUAUUGACAAAAAGAGACAAUCGCUUGCACAGAGGGACACAGAGAGAGAGGAGGAUGAGGAAAGAGAUGAUUUGACACCUAUACCUGCUCCUCAAAACCCAGAAGAGGAAUGGGUGGACUAUGUGGACGCUUUGGGCCGAUCUCGAAGAUGCAUGAAGAAGGAUCUGCCAGAUUUUAAAAAAAUGGACCAAGACCUCAAAGGACAAGGAAAAACCUCAACCGAGAAGACCUUACUCUCAGAGGACAUGCGUCGAGAGCUGCAGAGGCAGGAGUGGGAGAGGGAGGAAGAGGAGGCUCUGAAGAGGCCUGUUGGACCAAUACACUAUGAGGAUAUCAGAGGACAAGAGGCUCGAGAGCUUGGUGUGGGCUACUUUGCGUUCUCUCAGGAUCAAGACCAGCGUAGAAAACAGAGAGAAACUCUGGACAUGCUCAGAGACCAGACAACAGAUCAGCGUAGCAAAAGAGAACGACUGAAGGAUAAGAAGCAGGCCAUCCUGCAGGCCCGACUGGCCAAGGUGAGGCAGAGGAAGAUGAAGACCAAGCUGGAUGGCAAUGAAGAAGCAGAGAGAGAGGAGAAUGAAGGAGAGGAAGAGGAAGCUGAACUAAUAGGACCCCCACCUCCACCAGAGGUCAGCACAGUGAAGAAGGUGGAAGUGGAGAUCCAAGAGAGAAAGGACACUAAACCAGGAGUUCCUCAUGUCAGAGAAUGGGACAGAGGCAAAGAGUUCAUGUUUAGCGAGUGGAAAAGUCGGCGCCGGGAAGAGCGUGAAUCAGAAUUUGCACCUCCCUCUGCAUAUUUUACUGAUGAGAAGAGACAAAGACUGGCGAAGAAUAAAACUCUGGAAAAUAAAUCCAAAAUGUCUUUCAAGUGGACAAAGGGCCCCGUACAAAUCUCUGAAAACAAAGAGGAACCACAACCUCAGGCUAAAACUACUCCUUCACCACCGGAACAAAAUCAUCCAACUCCUUCACAGCCACAGACCCCAUCACAGCCGCCACCCUCAGACCCCCCCGUUGUUUCAGCUGCUGUGUCUGCUCCCCCUUUUAAUCCCCAGCAUCCCCCCCCUCCAUUUUAUCCCCCAUUCCCUCCUCCACAUCCUCCUCAGUUUGCAGGUCCACCUCACCUGCUUCCUCACUUCCCCCCUCAGUACUUCCCCCAGUAUCUGCCCCAGUAUCCACCUCAGCUGCAGAGCCAGUCUCAGCCACAGCAGCCCCGGGAGACCACAGACCACAGCCAGGCCCAGCAGCCCCCUCAGGGCCCUUCUCAGAGUCUGGACGACAUGCUGUCCUUCUACAGGAACUCUACCUGAUGUCUGAAAUACUGUGUUUGCUGUGUAGUUGGUUCAUAUUGGGCUUUGUAAAUACUGCGGUUUCCUUUUUUGAGGAAAUCACAGAAACAACAGAACAUUGGGCCUCAUACAGGAACAUCUUUGUCUUCCUGCUCUAAAAAGUACAAGUGUUUGUCGGAUUCUCUUAGCUGCACAAACCUGACGUAAAUCGCUCCUUUCAGACCGAUGAGUCCCACCUUUUCUUGAUGAGGUGCACAUUCGUGAGAUUUUAUCAUUAGCCUAAUCAACACCAUUAAAACUGCAAUAUAAGGUUGUCUCAUCUGCUUUUGUUUUUGGGAAAGGUUCAUUCACAAAAAUGACAUGCAAGAUUGAAAAGGAUUUCACACUGCAGAGCUUCAACACAGUAAUCAUAUUAGAGGACACAAAACAAUUAGAAAAUGUUGACACUACAUCUGUUAAUAACAACCCAUACGACAGGCCUGGACCACUCGUGAAUUUUACUUGAGUAUGAGAUAAUUGGUGAAUGCCACAGUUUCUGUAAAAUUGCUUGCACAUGCCACUUGGAAACCAAUUGUUCAUACAACUGGUUCUUGCAUGAGGUCCAAUGUCACUGCUCUGUGGAAUAUUAGCGUCUAAUAAAUAUCAGGAAUUUAAGAGGA